AUGGCGCACACCGAGCCCUGGAGCGCCAGCACCGAGCCUUUCGGGGACUAUUCGGGCUCGGGCUUCCCCGCCGAGCUGGAGCUGUGCCGGGUGCGGGCCCUGCCCUACGGCGCCGCCUACCUCCCCGCGCUCUACCUGGCCGCCUUCGCCCUGGGCCUGCUGGGCAACGCGUCGGUGCUGUGGCUGCUGGCGAGCCCGCGCGGGCCGCGGCGGCUGGUGGACACGUUCGCGCUGCACCUGGCGGCCGCCGACCUGGGCUUCGUGCUGACCCUGCCGCUGUGGGCGGCGGCGGCGGCGCGGGGCGGCCGCUGGCCCUUCGGCGCGGGGCUGUGCAAGCUCAGUAGCUUCGCGCUGGCCGCCACGCGCUGCGCGGGCGCCCUGCUGCUGGCGGGCAUGAGCGUGGACCGUUACCUGGCCGUGGGGCACCGGCUGGACGCGCGGCCGCCCCGCACGCCCCGCUGCGCUCAGGCCGCGUGCGCCGGCUCCUGGGCCGUGGCGCUGCUAGCCGGGCUGCCCGCCUUGGCCUCCCGAGGGCUGCAGCCCGCGCCGGGAGGCUGGGGCCAUCAGUGCGUGGACGCGCCGUCGGACACCUUCCAGGGCCUCGGCCUGCUGCUGCUGCUGCUCACCUCCGGGCUGCCGCUGAGCAUCUCCGUCGUCUGCUACUGCCUGGUGGCGCGCCGCCUGCACAGCUUCCCGCACCUGGGGCGCGCCCGCAGGAGCUCUCUCCGCAUCAUCUGCGCCAUCGAGGGCGCCUUCGUGGGCUCCUGGUUGCCCUUCAGCGCGCUGCGCGCCCUCUCCCACCUGGCACGCCUGGGCGCACUGGCCCUGCCCUGCGGCCUGCUGCUGGCGCUGCGCUGGGGCCUGGAGCUGGCCACCUGCCUGGCCUUCGUCAACUGCUGCGCCAACCCGCUCAUCUACUUGCUGCUGGACCGCUCGUUCCGCGCCCGCCUGCGGCUCGGCCUCUGCGGGCGCAAGGGCCACGGGGCGCGCGGGUCCAGCUCCGCGUCCUCGCUCGCCCCAGACACCAGCUCGGGCUUCCGAAGCCGAGUGAGGCAACCGGGCCGAGCCCGCACGGGGCGCACCGCCGCCUAG